GCGAAUGUCGACGAAUUUGGGCAUUCUUGUUGUGAAUCACGUUGCGGAAGAGGCACGAGUCCUGCAUCUCGACUCCAUACAAGUGCGAACAGCAUCGACAGCAUCGCGAACGCGGUACUGCUUCACGCUACCGCCUAUGCAAAACAUGAUCGAAGAAGAUGGUCGAUCACAGUUUGCUGCGGAGUUAAAGAGUGUACUGGCACGCCUCGAGCCUAAGCCUCAU